AUGAAUUCUUUGAAGAGAAACAUGUUGGCACAACAGCAAGUACAUGCUGUGGUGGUUCUUGAGAAUGGUUUGAAUGGCAGUCAAGAAGUUGGUGGUGUUGGUGAUGACGCCAUGAGUGGUGGUGUUGAAAAUUAUAGGACCCUCUUAGAACAAGAAUAUGAAUGGCUCCGAAUCAAAAUGCAGUACAGUCAAAAAGUGUUUAGUUUGACCUUUCGAUAUAUGAUGAGUCUUGAGGGAGAUUUUGAUCCACAUCGUCCUUCUCAAGAUCGGCAACAUUGGCAACAACAACAACAACAACCACCGAAAGGAAUUGUCAUGAAUCGACCUUGUGAUGUCAAAGUUACUUCCUCUCUCAUUAUUGUUUCGGAUUCAUUCAAUCGUCGAAUCUUGUGCUUUGAUUUGAAAACAAAGAAAUUCAAAUUCACAUUGAGUGACUCACAUCGACCGUAUUUCAUGGCAGUCGAUCUCUAUGAUCCGAAUUCUCUCUAUGUCACUUGUAUGGAAAAUUAUGUAAAAAAGUUUGAUUUAGAAAUGAAAGCAAUGGUGUGGAGUAAAUUUCAAAGUGAUUUGAAACGACCGUGCGGAAUUGUUGUGGAAAGUCAUCAAGCGGAAAAUGCAAGAAUUAUUGUUGCAGAUUGUGUGAAUCAGAGUUUUAAAAUCUUCUCGAAAAUGAAUGGAGAUUUCAUUGGGGAAUUACAAUAUCGAUUGGGAUGUAAGAAUGAGAUCCCAUUUGGAUUGCAUCUUGAUGGAGAUGGAGAUCUUUUGUGUACCAAUUUACUAUCACAUACAAUCUCAUGCAUUUCAAAAAAUACAAAUCUUUUGAAAGUAUAUUGGAGUAUUGGAAAGAAAGGAAUUCAUCAAGGUGAAUUUCAAUAUCCUCGUGGUGUGUUUUUUGAGAGAUCUACUUGUCUCAUUUAUGUGUGUGAUCAAUCCAAUAAUCGAAUUAAUGUCUUUUCAAAUCGUGGAGAAUUUAUUCAAUGCUUUGGUAGUCCCAACAAUGAACAAGGUUCUGGAAUUUAUGAACUCAAUUCUCCAUUGGGAUUGUGUAUUUCUGAACAUACUGGAGAAUUGUUUGUCGUUGACAUGGGCAAUAAUCGAGUUCAAAUUUUCAAGUGA